CCAUUCCACCACCUCGCGUUGAUCAAACCUUGACAUUGCUCGUCGCCAUCCACAGAGCACUCCGGACGCGCCUAAAUCUUCUUUCCCUAUCCUCCAGAUUACUCCGCGCAUCUUUUCCAGUCAACUGCUCGCUGCGACCGGCCCAAACGGGCAACAUGGCUCCCCCGAGGAAGUCUCGCGGCAAUGAUUCAGAGGGUCCUUCGACGGCUGAUGUCUCGGCAACCGAAGACGUCGAGAUGCAGGACCAGGGUGAUCGCGUCAAUGGCUUCAAAAAAUUCGGGUACUACCAGGACACCCCCGAUUAUACGGACUCAGACACAAAUCCCAACACGACCGCGAGUAGUAUAGCGGGUGACGGGCCAACCGAUGGUCGAAAACGACGAACAGACAUGCAUAACAUGCGCAAGAGCAUAUAUGGCAAGAAACAUGACAAAUUAGGCGUGUCGAAGGAGGACGACACGAUUCGUAGAUUCCGUUACCUCCUGGGGUUGACCGACCUCUUCCGUCACUUUAUCGACACGAACCCCAAUCCUCACAUCAAAGACAUUCUUGCCGAGAUCGAUCGACAAGAUAUCGAAGACGAGAACAAGAAGAAGGCUAGCAAGUUGCGCAAAGGCGGAGCUGCGGCGGAGCGUCGGCGCAAGACUGAGCAGGAGGAAGAUGCUGAGCUGGUACACGAAGAGAAACACGGUGCACACAACGAGACGGUCUUUCGGGAAUCUCCGGGAUUCAUCCAGGGGACAAUGCGAGACUACCAGAUCGCUGGUCUUAACUGGCUGAUCUCGCUGCAUGAGAAUGGUAUUUCCGGUAUUCUGGCGGACGAAAUGGGUCUCGGAAAGACACUACAAACCAUUUCAUUUAUCGGAUACCUCCGUUUUAUCAUGGGUAUCACUGGUCCCCACUUAGUCGUGGUUCCCAAGUCUACGCUGGACAACUGGAAGCGCGAGUUCAGCAGAUGGAUUCCGGAAGUUGAUGUUUUGGUUCUGCAGGGCAACAAAGAUGAGCGUGCAGAACUCAUUCAGGAUCGCGUCGUGGACGAGAAGUUCGAUGUACUCAUCACCAGUUAUGAGAUGAUCCUACGUGAGAAGUCACAGCUUAAGAAGUUCGCCUGGGAGUACAUCAUCAUCGACGAAGCGCAUCGCAUCAAGAACGAGGAGUCCUCCCUCGCACAAAUCAUUCGCAUGUUCAACUCGCGGAACCGACUUCUCAUCACCGGCACACCCUUGCAAAACAACUUGCACGAACUUUGGGCUUUGCUCAAUUUCUUGCUCCCCGAUGUGUUUGGCGAUGCCGCUGCUUUCGAUGACUGGUUCACGAACCAAGAAUCGGACUCCGAUACUGUGGUUCAGCAGCUUCACAAGGUGCUUCGUCCAUUCUUGCUGCGACGUGUCAAAGCGGAUGUCGAGAAAUCGCUCUUGCCGAAGAAAGAAGUCAACUUGUACAUUGGCAUGUCCGAUAUGCAAGUCCAGUGGUACAAAAAGAUCCUUGAAAAGGAUAUUGACGCUGUCAACGGUGCCGCUGGAAACAAGGAAUCAAAGACCCGUCUCCUCAACAUCGUUAUGCAACUGCGAAAAUGCUGCAACCACCCAUACUUGUUCGAAGGCGCCGAACCAGGUCCACCGUACACCACAGACGAACAUUUGAUUGACAAUGCAGCAAAGAUGGUGAUGCUCGACAAACUUCUGAAACGGAUGAAGGCUCAAGGCAGUCGCGUCCUCAUUUUCUCGCAGAUGAGCCGUGUACUUGAUAUUCUCGAGGAUUAUUCUGUGUUCCGAAACUACCAAUACUGCCGUAUCGAUGGCUCCACUGCUCACGAGGACCGUAUUGCCGCUAUUGAUGAUUACAACAAGGAGGGUUCCGAGAAGUUCCUCUUCUUGCUCACUACCCGUGCCGGAGGUCUGGGUAUUAAUUUGACUAGCGCAGACAUUGUCGUGCUCUUCGACAGCGAUUGGAAUCCCCAGGCAGAUCUCCAGGCCAUGGAUCGUGCUCAUCGUAUCGGUCAGACAAAACAAGUUGUGGUGUUUCGUUUCGUCACUGAGAAUGCCAUCGAAGAGAAGGUAUUGGAGCGUGCGGCACAAAAGUUGCGACUCGACCAACUUGUCAUUCAACAAGGCCGGGCGCAACAACCGCAGAAGAAUGCAGCGUCCAAAGAUGAGCUUCUUACUAUGAUUCAACACGGUGCUGAGAAGGUAUUCCAAGCCCAAGAAAAAGCUGGCGUCUCUUCCGAUACUGUAACAGACGACGACUUCGAUGCGAUCCUCAAACGUGGUGAAGACAGGACGAAAGAGCUGAAUACCAAGUACGAGAAGCUUGGUCUCGACGAUCUUCAAAAAUUCACAUCCGACUCUGCAUACGAGUGGAAUGGUGAGACCUUCCAGCCCCGAAAGAAGGAAAUCGGGUUGAACUGGAUCAAUCCGUCGAAACGUGAACGGAAAGAGAUUGGUUAUUCGAUGGAUAAGUACUACCGACAAGCUCUUAUGACCGGCGGACGUACAGAAGCAAAGCAACCCCGAAUCCCGCGCGCGCCUAAGCAAGUCACCAUUCACGACUACCAAUUCUUCCCCGAAAAGCUUGCGGAGCUUCAAGAUAAGGAAACUGCUUGGUAUCGGAAAGAAAACAAUAUCAAGGCACCUCUGAUGGACGGCACCGAAGAGGAUCUCGAAACGAGGGAGGCCGACCAACAGCUCGCGCAGCAAGAGAUUGACGACGCGGAGCCUUUAACAGAAGAGGAGAAAGCUGAGAAGGAGGAUCUGGUAGCUAAGGGCUUCCCGGAAUGGAACAAGCGCGAUUUCCAGCAAUUCUUGAACGGGUCGGCUAAAUACGGACGGACAAACUACGAAGGCAUCUCAGAGGAAGUCGAUGGCAAGACGGCAGACGAAAUCGCAGAGUAUGCCAAAGUAUUCUGGAAGAAGUUCAAGACACUCGACAACUGGCAGAAAGCGAUCAACGUGGUGGAAGAGGGUGAAGCCCGCGUGCGCCAGUCAGAAGAGAAAAAGCGCCUGCUUGACCAGAAGAUCAAGAAGUACCGGUCACCAUUGCAGGAGUUGCAGAUCAAAUACACUGUGUCAACUACCAACAAGAAGGUCUACACCGAUGAAGAGGACAAAUUUCUUCUUGUAAUGCUUCACAAGCAUGGUGUUGAAGGUGAGGCGGUGUAUGAGAAGAUUCGUGAAGAGAUCCGGGAGUCACCAUUAUUCCGCUUCGAUUGGUUCUUCCUCAGCCGAACACCACAAGAGAUUGGUCGCCGUUGCACCACCUUGAUAUCGGCUGUGGUACGCGAGCUGGGAGGCGUAGAAGGAAAGAACGCAAAAGGCAAGCGUCCGCUUGAAGAGGAGGAGGAGAGUGAAGAAGAAGAGGAGCUGCCAGCUAAGAAGAAGGCCAAGAAUGGUGUCAAGAACAAGCAACUUGAUUCAGUCAAGGCCAAGGGCUCCCCAGCUUCACCCUCCACUUCUCGGGCUACCAGCGUUGUCUCGAACGGCUCCGCUACGAAACCCAAAAGCAAAGCACGCAAGGGCAAAUAA